CCUUCACACCUUCUUCCAAUUUCUCAAUCCAUAUAUAUUUCUGCAACCGCCGUUUCUUCUCUUUUGUUUUCCCUACCCAAUUCUGGAUACCUCUCUUUUUCGCUUGCUUCUCUUCUUUUGGGACAGGUUUUGGACACCAACUGAUGCAGGUGGCACCAACAGGUGGAGUCGCUUAGAAGAUGUAUAAAGAAAAUGGUGUAGUUCAUGAUGAUGAUGAUAUGCAUGACAUAGAGAGUGAAGGUUUUCUAUAUUCAAAGGAGGUAGUGGAAAGGCAUGAAUCAGUGUUUUCCGAAAGGAAUGUGACAUACUCAGAACCACUUCUACUGAAGAGGAGGAACACCACUUCCCAGGCUGCUAUCAUUGGUGCCAACCUCUGCCCUGUUGAAAGCCUUGAUUACGAGAUUUUUGAGAAUGAGGUUUUUAAGCAAGACUGGAGGUCUAGAAAGAAGGUACAGAUAUUCCAGUAUCUGAUACUUAAGUGGGGAUUUGCUCUUCUUAUUGGAUUAGGUACUGGAAUUAUUGGCCUCUUCAAUAGUAUUUCAGUUGAGAAUAUAGCAGGUUUCAAGCUGCUUAGGACUACCAGUCUCAUAUCUGAACACAGAUAUCUUGAAGCUUUUGUUGUAUAUGCCGGUAUCAAUGUGGUUUUAGCAGCAGCCGCCGGUGCACUUUGUGCUUUUAUUUCCCCAGCAGCAGCAGGCUCUGGUAUCCCAGAGGUAAAAGCAUAUCUGAAUGGUGUGGAUUCACACUCUAUACUGGCUCCGAGCACUCUUUUUGUAAAGAUUAUUGGUUCUAUCCUGGGAGUUUCUUCUGGAUUUGUGGUAGGCAAAGAAGGACCUAUGGUACAUACAGGUGCAUGCUUAGCUUCUUUGUUGGGGCAGGGUGGAUCUCGCAAGUAUGGCUUGACUUGGUCUUGGCUUAGAUAUUUCAAAAAUGACCGUGAUCGGCGAGACCUGAUAACUUGUGGUGCGGCUGCUGGUGUUGCUGCUGCCUUUCGUGCUCCAGUAGGUGGUGUCCUCUUUGCCCUUGAAGAGGCAGCUUCAUGGUGGCGGAGUGCUCUUCUCUGGAGAACAUUUUUCACAACAGCAGUGGUUGCUAUUUUUUUCAGAGUUGCAAUUCAGUUUUGCUCCACAGGGAAAUGCGGGUUAUUUGGGGAAGGUGGUCUGAUACUUUAUGAUGUCAAUUCAUUCACGGGAACAUAUAGCGCCAGUGACUUAGUAGCAACCAUACUAUUGGGAAUCAUUGGAGGCCUUCUUGGAAGUUUGUAUAACUACCUUGUUGAUAAGGUUGUUCGUACAUAUAGCAUCAUCAAUGAAAAAGGUGCAGCGUUCAAAAUCAUGCUUGUUGUUGCAAUUUCUCUUUUGACAUCAUGUUGUUAUUAUUUCCUACCAUGGAUUUCAACCUGUGCACCCUGCCCAACUGAUAAAACAGAAAUCUGUCCCUCGGUCAAUGAGUCUGGAGAAUACAAAAGGUUUCAGUGCAAACCAGGCUACUACAAUGAUCUUGCUUCACUCUUUCUAAACACCAAUGAUGAUGCUAUUCGUAAUCUCUACAGCUCGAGGUUAACCAAGGAGUUUCAUAUUUCCAGCUUGGGCAUCUACUUUGCCACUAUCUACUCUCUUGGGAUAAUCACUUAUGGCAUUGCUAUUCCAUCCGGGCUUUUCAUUCCAGUUAUCCUUGCCGGCGCUGCGUAUGGCCGGUUUAUAGGGACACUAUUCAAACCGAUCGCCACUCUUGACACAGGACUCUUUGCUCUCCUUGGAUCUGCAUCCCUCCUUGGUGGCACCAUGAGAAUGACAGUCUCAAUUUGUGUCAUAUUGCUUGAACUCACAAAUGAUCUCUUGUUACUCCCACUUGUGAUGGUAGUAUUACUAAUCUCAAAAACUGUGGGUGAUUCCUUCAACAAGGGUGUCUAUGACCAAAUACUGAAGAUCAAAGGGAUUCCUUAUUUGGAGGCUCAUGCAGAACCUUACAUGCAGAAUUUGGUUGCACGUGACGUCGUCUCUGGCCUACUAAUCACCUUUUCAGGUAUAGAAAAGGUGGGAAAUAUACUGCAUGCUCUGGAAAAUACAGGGCACAAUGGUUUUCCUGUCAUCAAUGAACCACCUUUCACGGAUAUACCAGAGCUCUGUGGACUUGUGCUGAGGUCCCAUUUGCUAGUGUUGCUGAAGGCAAAGAUUUUUUCGAAGGAAAGGGUGCUUGUGAGCCAUGACACCUUCCAAAGAAUUUCUGCAUUGGAUUUCGGAAAGCCAGGACUAGGGAAGGGUGUAAAACUAGAGGAUCUAGAUAUCAAGGAGGAAGAGCAGGAUAUGUAUGUGGACUUGCAUCCUAUCAGUAAUGCAUCACCAUACACAGUGCUUGAGACAAUGUCACUUGCCAAAGCUGCUGUUCUUUUCCGCACACUCGGACUCAGGCACAUGUGUCUUGUUCCGAAGAGCCAACUGAGACCACCAGUUGUUGGGAUUCUAACUCGCCAUGAUUUUAUGCCGGAGCAUGUUUUGGGACUUCAUUCUAACAUGAAUCCUCAUUAAGGGACGGAAUGACCCCAGUGAAAUGAGGUUCUCGCUUUUACAUUAAGCUGCUGUAGACAUUAUUAGAUCAUUAACUUAAGUUGGUAAAUUUGGAUCAAUUUUAGCAAAUAUGUUAAUAUUAAAUAAAUUUCUC